CACUAUUUGAAAUAACGAAGAAGAAGAGCAGCUCUUCGUGUAUUUCUCUGUUUCCGGUUAGCAAAAAUGGCUCAAGGUUCAAAGAAGUUUAAAACUCAGCGGCCAGGAUCCUCUAAAAAACACCAACAAAACAAACAGAAAGGACCGAAGAAAGGAGGGAGGACAAUUGCACCAAAGAAGGCUCAAGUGGUUCAGCAACAGAAGCUGAAGAAGGGUCUAGAGGUUGCCAUCAGGAACAAGAUUGAACAGGAGGUGACCCAGAAGGCAAGCUCAUCCCUCCACAAGCCACUGAGUGUGGUUAAAGGGGCUGAAGGUAAAGGCAACCCAGGAGCGACCCGUCCAGGAACCAGCUCCAAAUAGGGCUUGAUACACAGGCUAAGCGUGCUAAACUUAAAGACUUCGUCAUGGGGUCAGUGAACUACAUUGAUCCUAUGACUCAGAUUUAAGGCACAUGCCAGCUGUCGUGUUGUUUUUGAUUCCUGAAUGUUUGGGCUGACAUCAGGCAUAUAGAAAUAGUCAGAGCCCUUCUUGUAAAGAUGCUAAUUAUUAGUUUUUCCGUUUACAAAGAAAUGUGUAAAAUAAGAGAAGUGACAUUCUAGAUAUAGUAUGCAUCACUGAGCCAUGGAAAGUACAUAAACCUCCACUAGGGGGAACCAUAGGACUGUAUUGACUCACAUGGAGUUUCUGAUUUGUUUGCUUGUUUUUCGUUGUAAAGAUCCUGAUUGAAAACAACAUGAAUUUUAUGACCUUUGGUUUGUACCCCUAAAACAGGUUAUGUAUUAUUCCAUUGUAUGAUUGUACAGAAAACGAAUAAUCCUAAGUAAAUAAAUAUGAAUCUGAUACCUGUCACUGUCAAGAAUGACACACUUUGCAAAUACCAGCCAGCACUGAUCAUUUCUGUAAAUAUUUUAAUAGUAAUGAUUUCAGAAAAACAGACUUCAGCUAAAUGAAGUCUCAGGGAAGGGCUACUGCACAAUGCAAUUAGACCACCAACAGUUCGGUCAGACAUUCAGGUGUGUUAAACGCGCAGUAUACUCGCCAUUCCCAACGCGACAGUGUGACGUCAUGGGAGAGCCGUAACUAUUUAUACUCGUGCGUGGUGGUCGUGACACUAGUUGCAGUCUUCUCCUGAACAGAGGUGUUGCAACUGAGGAAAGGCUACCGACUUCGCUAUUUCUACGGACUAGAAGAAGAAGAAAAAGGUAAAAGAAAAAAAAAGAAAAAAAUGGCAGAACUGGCAGCAGCAUUGACGUCAAUGUCAACAGUGGCUAAGAUGAUAUCGGAGUCGAAGAACAGCUGCUUUUCAGCCUGCUUGCAAAGAAACAAAGAAAAAGAAGGUGGAAUGUUCGUCCUUUGAACAGCUUCGGAAAGAUUGCCCUCGAACUUGUCCAUGCUUCCUGUUUCCGCUUUGUCGUGCGCCACUGAAAAAUAGUGGUGACCUCUGGUUGUGCACUUUAAAUCGUGGCACGCCAGCGAGAUCUACGGCAUUUUGACGUCACAUUGUUGAGCGACAAGUCGGGAACGGCGACCGUAAAAAAGGCCUUUAUGCUAAUGUAGCUUCGAGCAGAGAUGAUGAGCGGGCUACAGAUCAGUCUGUUAAGCUUACUUCUACUUUUUUCUUUUUCAUAUUUAAACUCAUAGUCUUUAGCCCCAACCAUCACUGACUUAAGUGACAUAAUUUGAGACAAUUUAUCAGAUUUUGCACAGCUUCCACCAGAGCCACAAACAGCUUAGUACAACUUUUUUUUGUAAAACGUUAAUGUGUGGAAUUAUUGGAGUUGCCCUUUCAAUGUACAGUAUGUGUGGUCAAUGGUUAUGUUCAGGUCUUUGCAUUUUUUAAUUUAAAGACCUGAACAUAACCAGAGCAGUGUGACCAGGGAGCGAACCUUACGUUACCACUAUGUUGCUUUGGACUAAAAAGUCAAGGUGAAGCCACUUUGGUAAAAAAAUAAAUGAAUAAUGCCCCAGGUUGUCUUGAAUAAAUACCUUCAUCUAAACUA